AGCUGUUCCUUUCCCUUCAAUUUUACAUUAUUCCAGUCCAGAUGGGUUUCUUGUAUUAUUUGACUAUAUCAUCAUUUACGAAUGAACUCUUCUAAUAGCUUUUCCUUCCCCCACCCCACCCCUUCGCCUCCUCCUUUUCCGAAACAGAUAUUCAAUCAACUGACCAAUUUCCCAAUCCUUUUGAUCAUCGCCAUCGUCUAACCACACGCGAUCCCCAAAUAAUCGCUUCAAUCAAUCUCAAACCCAAUUGAAGAAUUUAUUUUCUUCUUGAUCUGAAUUGCUGCAUCUAUUGUGGGGAUUUCUCAUAGCAGAUGCCUCGUGGGUCUUGAGCAAAUUCGGGCCCUUUUGCAUGCUUGAUGUAAGAUACUUGCGCAACUCAUAACUUAAAGGUGCUGUAUAGAACCUCAUUUUGUUAGCUGGUUCUCUUUUCAAGUUGAAUCAAUUAAAUUUCGAUUCUGCCAAGUUAGGGCACUGCUGAAGUAAAGUGGUGCCCAUGGAUGCCACUGCUGGUGAAUCAUCGAGCAUUCAAUGUCACAACAUUUCCGAGCAGACAACCACUUCACUUGUCCCCUGUCCCAUAACAUGGCAGAGGCAGCAGCGUCAUUGCUUUGGAAAUGCUAGCCCGGGAGAGUUCCCAUUAUCUGCCAACCCUUCCAUUGUUCUCCAUUUCCUCACUGCCUGCAACAUAGAUCCGCAAGAUCUUGCAAAACUUGAGGCAACUUGUUCCUUCUUUAAGCAGCCUGCGCACUUUGCACCUGACCAUGAUCUCUCGCUGGCAGAGCUUGCAGCGCUCGAUAUGUGCCAGAAGAGAGCCAUAUUUAAGAGAAUGACAAGGGAACAACAACAAAAUUUGAAGCACAUAUGUGGCGGAUCUUGGAAACUAGUCUUGAGGUUCUUGCUGGCUGGAGAAGUGUGUACUAGGAGAGAGAAGUCGCAAGCAAUAGCCGGUCCUGGUCACAGUGUUGUUGUGACUUCUAAAGGAGCUGUGUAUUCAUUUGGUGCUGGAAGCUGUGGACAGCUAGGACAUGGUGCUAUGAAUGAGGAGUCACAGCCUCGCCUGCUUAGAUCUCUACAGGGUAUUCGUAUAAUUCACGCUGCAGUUGGGGCUGGUCGGACAAUGCUAACAAGUGAUGCUGGACAAGUAUAUGCCUUUGGAAAAGAUUCCUAUGGUGAAGCUGAAUAUGCGUCGAUAGGAAAUAAAUUUAUUUCCACACCUCAGCUAGUGGAAUCUUUGAAAGGUAUAUUUGUGGUUCAAGCUGCAAUUGGAAAUUUCUUUACAGCUGUUUUGUCAAGAGAGGGCACAGUUUACACAUUUUCAUGGGGGGAUGAAAGCAAGCUCGGCCAUCAAACUGAGCCGAAUGAUUUGGAGCCUCGUCCAUUGUCAGGGACCCUUGAAAAUAUCCCAGUGGUUCAAAUUGCAGCUGGAUACUGCUACCUUCUUGCUUUGGCUUGUCAACCGAGUGGCAUGUCAGUGUACUCAGUGGGCUGUGGGUUGGGUGGAAAGCUCGGGCAUGGCGGUAGAAAUGAUGAGAAAACACCAAGAUUGAUUGAACAGUUCCAGACAUUGAAUCUUCAGCCAGUGGUUGUGGCAGCUGGUGCUUGGCAUGCUGCCGUGGUUGGGAAAGAUGGAAGGGUGUGCACGUGGGGCUGGGGCCGGUAUGGAUGCUUAGGACAUGGAAAUGAAGAUUGUCAAUACACUCCAAAGGUGGUUGAAGCACUAGGCAAUGUCAAAGCUGUUCAUGUUGCUACUGGUGAUUAUACCACCUUUGUGGUUUCUGAUGGCGGAGAUGUUUAUUCCUUUGGCUGUGGAGUAUCUUCAAGUCUCGGACACAAUGCUGAUGCCGCUGGUGGCGAUGAUGAUGAUGAGCAGGGAAAUAGGCGAACAAAUGUGUUACAGCCAGAGCUCGUAACGUCACUAAAGCAGGUGAAGGAAGGCGUUGUGCAGAUAAGCCUAACAAAUUCCAUAUACUGGAAUGCUCACACAUUUGCUCUCACCGACUCUAACAAACUCUAUGCAUUUGGCGCCGGAGACAAAGGACAGCUCGGGGUUCAACUUGUCGAGAAUCAAUCUGAGAGAGCAAUGCCAGAAUAUGUAGCCAUUGAUCUCAAUUGAACAACAAUGUUGGGAUCUUUGCUAGAUGGUUAAAAGUGAUUGAGUGUCUCAUCAUCACCUUACUCUGGAUUAUGUAUGUCCCUGAGAUACUGCUAUUUGUGUAUAUAUCACCAUGAACAGUGCUUGUGAAGAAAGUAGGUUUUCUUAGGAGCUGCUGCUACAGAAUUAGCCUCUUAGGAAUUUUAUUUAUUGACUCUUUUAUCUUGUCUGGUUGGAUUCAAGCAGUAAAUAUUCUGGUUUAGCUUGUUUGAAA